AUGUCAAUCCAAAAAAUAAUUUUCACAAAAAACGGAGAAAUUGACGCCGUUCAAAAAUUAACCGGCAAAGAAUUAAACAACAAAGGAAUAAAAUUAGUGGUUCCUUUUGAGCUUUCUCUGAAUGGCGAAAAGCGACAAAUUGAAACCAUUGAAUUUUUUUGUAAUGCUAAUAGUGCUAUUAAUUUUUUUCUCACCAAUGCUCUAAGCAACAAUGGAGAAAGUAAGAGGGAACACGAAAAAAUUAGGCAAAAUUGGGACACAAGAGAUUUAGAAGUCAAAAAUAAAAAACCGACUAUCAUUAAAAACGCCGUUUUAAGCACUAAAAGUUUUCUUUCCAUAAAAGAUGGGAAUAUUUUAUACAUAAUUGAUACCGACCGCAAUGAGAGAGCAAUUAAAGGAUUAAUGAAAGAAAAAUGGGUCGAAAUCAUAUUCACGGAAGAUAUUAGCGAAAAAGAGAAAUUUAUCAAAAGAUAUCCAAAAGAAGAACCAAAGGAUAUGAAAAAAGAAAUUGAAACGGCUAUUAGAGCCUUGGAAAAUGGAGAAAAUGUGCCUGAUAACACUGUGCCGCCCGAGCCAGUUCCUAGACAAAAUAAUCCUGACCAAAAGGCUUCUCCGAACCAAAUUCCCCGAAAAAUAAUUAUUCUGGCUUGA